CUGCUCGGCCCGGUCCCGGAGCGGCGCGGCCGGCCCGCGGGGGCGCGGAGCCGAGGCCCGCGGCCGGCCGCAUGAAGGACUGCGAGUACCAGCAGAUCAGCCCCGGGGCCGCCCCGCCGCCCGCCUCCCCCGGGGCGCGCCGCCCCGGCCCCGCCGCGCCCCCCGCUCCGAGUCCCGGGCCCGCGCCCGGCGCGCCGCGCUGGAGCAGCAGCGGCAGCGGCAGCGGGAGCCUGGGCCGCCGGCCGCGGCGUAAGUGGGAGGUGUUCCCGGGCCGCAACCGCUUCUACUGCGGCGGCCGCCUCAUGCUGGCCGGCCACGGCGGCGUCUUCGCGCUCACACUGCUGCUCAUCCUCAGCACCACCGUCCUCUUCUUCGUCUUCGACUGUCCCUACCUGGCCGGCCACCUGACCCUGGCCAUCCCCAUCAUUGCGGCCAUCCUCUUCUUCUUCGUCAUGAGCUGCCUCCUGCAGACCAGCUUCACUGACCCUGGCAUCCUCCCGAGGGCCACCGUCUGCGAGGCAGCCGCCCUGGAGAAGCAGAUCGAUAACACAGGCAGCUCCACAUACCGCCCGCCCCCGCGGACCCGGGAGGUGAUGAUCAACGGACAGGUGGUGAAGUUGAAGUACUGCUUCACCUGUAAGAUGUUCCGGCCACCCCGGACCUCACACUGCAGUGUCUGCGACAACUGUGUGGAACGGUUUGACCAUCACUGCCCUUGGGUGGGCAACUGCGUGGGGAGGCGGAACUACCGCUUCUUCUACGCGUUCGUGCUCUCCCUCUCGUUCCUCACGGCCUUCAUCUUCGCCUGCGUGGUCACCCACCUGACACUGCGUUCUCAAGGAAACAACUUCCUCUCCACUCUGAAGGAGACGCCAGCGAGUGUUCUGGAGUUGGUCAUCUGCUUCUUCUCAAUCUGGUCCAUCCUGGGCCUCUCAGGGUUCCACACUUACCUCGUCGCCUCCAAUCUGACCACUAACGAAGAUAUCAAAGGGUCUUGGUCCAGCAAGAGGGGCGGUGAGGCCUCUGUCAACCCCUACAGCCAUAAAAGUAUUAUCACCAACUGCUGUGCUGUGCUCUGCAGCCCCCUACCUCCCAGCCUAAUCGACCGGCGGGGCUUCGUGCAGUCUGACGCCGUGUUGCCCUCGCCCAUCAGAAGUGACGAGCCAGCCUGUGGAGCCAAGCCAGACACCAGCAUGGUAGGGGGCCACCCAUGAAUGUGACUCACUGCUUGCCACCUGCUGCCCUCCACACUGCCGGGACCCUCCCCACGCCACCCGGGGGAAGCAGAGCUGCCAAGGACUUGAGUCUUUCCGUAUUUAUUUCCCGCCCUGCGUGGCUUCCUCUGAACUGUCCCAUAGCUGUGACCUCUGCCCCCCAAAUCUAGGUUCCCGCAGUUUGGGCCCUAGUUCUCCCAGCUGAUCAGUGGCAAGAGAGGCGAGCCGCAGCCUCUGGAGGCCACCAAGGGGACCAUGCCAAAUCCCUGCCUGUGCCCAGGGAGGCCCGGUGUGAGCCAGGGUGUGAACUGAGUGGGCAGCCUCCCAGAAGGAGGCGUGCUUGGACCUUGCUGAGUCAGGGCCUUCAUGGAGGCAGGACUACUGGGCCCUGGCUCUGAACCUCGGGCGCCAGGCGAGGACCCUUCCUUGGACGGCUUUGGUUUGGGGCCCCUUCUUUCUCUUUGUGGUGAUCAUUGGGUUGUGUUGGGUUUUUUGUUUUGUUUAUUUUUGUGGGGGCAGGGAGGUUAUCUGGAAUUGGCCAAUAGGAUAGGGCCAGGGUAUUGGUAGAGAGAGCAUGGGCAGAGGGUGGGAGGCCUCCUGUGUCAGAGGGAGCCAAACGAGCCAUCCAGGCCCAAGUAACCUCAGCUCCUGUAGAGUCUCGGGCAGCACAGUAGGAUGAGGACUUUCCCCUGCUGGUGGGGACUCUCAAGGAUCCUUUCCUGUGACCCCCGCUCCCAGUCCCUCUUCCAAGUCAGGGCUAGAGAUGGGCGGGUUAGCUCAUGCUGGCAAUACUUGAAACGGGUUCAUUAAUGCUGGGUAUUUUGCACAGUUUUAUAGACCUCUUUUUUACAUAGCCUUUUUAAAACAGAAGUCAGUGUGUUGCUCUCUGUGUAGUGCCGAGCCAAGGGUUUCCAGGAGGCUAGGCAGUUUAACUACAGCAGAGCCAGCUGUGAGCGAUUGGAUGUGUUUGCGCAUGCACAGGUGUGUUCAUGUGUGGCCAAAUACAGCUGACUCCCAUGUCCCCUGGGCUACUCCCUUUCCCCAUUUCCCUGGGUUCAGAAGCAGCCUGAGGCCUGGGGACUGGAGGAUGUGCAUUAGUCACGGAGACCCCUCAGCCUCCUUCCUUCCACCGCAGCCUUCAGACCACAGCGGCUGGGGCCCUGCCACCCAGGCUCCCAGCUGUGACCUGCCCUAACAGGCCGAGGCCAGGUGUGGUGGGUGGGGUGAGGGCUCAGGAGCGCCCGCUCGCUAUAAGUCACACCCCCUCCUAGGAAUUCUGCUGUGAGUGUAGGCCCUAGUGCUAGGGACUGGGAGAAUGAAGCAAAGGGCAGAGUAAGCCAGGAUGCCUAUGUGGCUUGGCCAGGAGCUCAUAGCAUUUCUUCCUUUUGCUGGGAGCUGUAGAUUCUAAUCAAAAUAGAAACUUGUUCUCCCAGGCCCCCUCCUUGGCCCUGCAGGUGGGCUAAAGCCCUUGGAUCAUAACAUAGGACAUCACUAAGACAUCCCGUCCUUGCUCCCAAGGCCAGUGGGUCCCAGACAGAACUGGGAAGUGGUGGGCACCAAAGGUCCCCCGGGAGAAACAGCUUCAGACCCCUAAGCCAACCUGAGCGGCCCGGAAGUAGAUAGGGCGGGGGCUGGAGGAGGGGUUCCUUAACCUGCCUUUUGUUUAAGCCAGUUUUCUUUGUCCCUGCUUGUAAUAAAACUUCUGUUCUUAAGA